UUUAGGAUUGCGUGGCGUUUGAUGCUCCCGCUGUUCCGUGCUUUAGCAGCCCUCUUUGUAUAAUUUGGACAUUUACAAACUCAGAAUCAUGGAUCAACUGCCGGCUGACGUGCUGGUCUCAGUGAUGUCUUACCUCAGCGUUGAGGAGGUACUCGCCUGCCGCUUGUCGUGCAAGAGGCUCGCCGACGUUGCCCUGUACGCGGACGUGUGGCAGCGUCGGCGCGUAGCACUUCGUAGCGCGUCGGGCUGCGCGUGUCCGGUGCUGCGGCUGGCGCCGCGCGUGGACAAGCUCAGCCUCAACCUUCACCUCAGCUCGACAUGUCGCCGACCUCUACCCUCCGCGUGCGCCGUGAGGGAGUUCAAUUUCUAUGUGGAGCCAAAGGGCGCCCAGCAAGCCGCUCAGCUCCUCAGACAGCAGAAGAAGCACGGCCAGCUGAGCUGUGUGUCUGUGAGCUGCAACGUGUCUCCCAGUACAAUCAAGGAAGCGAACGACACUGCCAUGCUGUUGAGGACGUUGGCGUCGACGUCCGGCUUGGAGCGGCUCACUGUCGUUGGGCACAUUGCUUACUUGAAGUCGCCAGAGAGAGCCGUUCCAAAGCGCGCCACCGUCACACCGUCCCUGAAGACAUUCUAUUGCACCUUCACCUCCCAGACGGAGUACUUCUUCAGGUACGUGCUCGCUGCGCACGCCGCCACGCUAGAGGAACUGGACGUGCAAAUCAGCCCCCCAAAUGUCUUGCCCGCACCAGGACUGCCGGCCCACCUGCUGGCGCGCAUACCCCAGCUGCGCAGGCUGAGCUGCCCCGCGAUGCUCGGGCUCGAGGGCGCGGCAGCUUGCGGGUCGCUGACGGAGCUCAAACUAGUCGUCGUUCCAUAUUCAGGCUAUACCAGCUCAGGAGCAGUGCAGCUCCUCCGCAGCGCCGCCGGGCGGCUGCGCUCCGUCCAUCUGCUCGGUGCUGAACACGAAGACACGAGAAUCACCGAAAAUCUGAUUCUGGCCCUGACCUCGUCGGCGCCGUCCCAACUUAAAUCGCUGUUCGUGGAGAUCGGGUUAACAUUUGAGUAUGUGCAGCCCGUGCUCCUUCAGGCGCUGCCACAGCUGCUGCCGGGCCUGCGGCGGCUCCAGGUGAACACGCCGUCAGAGGAGCUGCUGCGCCUCAUCACCCCCGCCACCGCACCGUCGCUGCAGAGCUUCCAAAUUCACGCCCACUUCCAUAGCAAGUUCCGCAAGUUUAUGUGCCUCCGGAACGAGAGAGUUGCGGCGCUUCUGUCUGCAAACCCUUCGCUACAUGUGGAGGUGCACCACCUGCUUAAUGCGGAGGUGCAGUUCGUCCUCCACGCAACUCGUACCCACGUCGGCGUCUGCGAGUCGUGCGGCCGGGACUGCCUCGAAGGUCCCCAGCACCCUUUCAAGUACAGGGGUGUCUUUGCGCAUCCCAAAGGGGAGUGUCCGUCCCCAAAAGACCAUGGGUCUGACGGCAUGUGGUCGCACAUCGAUGAUGUGUGACGCUGAUUAUUUUAUUGAUACGACUGUUCGCUAUGUAAUGCAACCUGGAAUGCUUGACGUGAGUUUGCACAAUCUUUGUAAACCUACGGUACAGAUUUUAGAUAACUGUUUUCUAAUUGAUAUGUCCUUUGUUAUCUCAAUUAUUUUUUAUUAGCUGAAUGAGUGUAUAAGAAUUUUACGCUCCAAACGUGUUAAUUUCCAGCGAUAAAUGCGACUUUUCUUGUGAACCAGUAUGACGAAUUUAAAAAAAAUAACAACAUAUAAUUCAAAA